AUGAAUCACGAUCCAUUUAGCUGGGGUAGACCAUCUGAUGAAGUCUACGGUAAAUACAACACCAAGAUUGCACAAGCACCUGCAUAUCCGACUAUGAAUACGCAACAACCUAUUGUAACAGGUACUUCCGUCUUGUCAAUGAAAUACAACAACGGUGUCAUCAUCGCAGCCGAUAAUUUAGGUUCAUACGGUUCAUUAUUAAGAUUUAACGAUAUUGAAAGAUUAAUUAAAGUCGGAAAAAGCACAAUUGUCGGUAUAUCUGGGGAUAUUUCCGAUAUGCAACAUAUUGAAAAAUUGUUAGAUGAUAUGGAAAUUGAAAAUAAUUAUGAUAAUCUAUACGCAAAUGAUGAAGAAGCUUUAAAACCAAGUUAUGUCUUUGAAUAUCUUGCUGCAGUCAUGUACAAUCGUCGAUCCAAAAUGAAUCCUCUUUGGAACGCAUUGAUUGUAGCAGGUGUGGAAGAUGGGAAACCUUUCUUAAGAUACGUUAAUCUACUCGGUGUAACGUAUUCUUCCCCAACUUUAGCCACAGGGUUUGGUGCUCAUUUAGCAAUCCCAUUAUUGAGAAGAGUCAUUGAUAAUGAAUCAGAUAUUGCUAAGACAGACCUAGAUACGGCUAAGAAUACUAUCUUAGAGUGUAUGAAAGUGCUGUAUUAUAGAGACGCACGUUCUUCCAGGAAAUUCUCCUUGGCUAUUAUUGAUAAUGAUCAAGGUCUAAUAUUUGAAAAGGGUUUACAAGUAGAAAAUAUGAAAUGGGAUUUCGCUAAAAACAUUAGAGGUUAUGGUACUCAAAAAGAAUGA